AUGGCAACCACCCUUCCCAAGCCCCCUGUGGAGCCCCGGGAGGGCAGCCCCAACGGCGAGACCGAGAGCCUGGGCCGGAGCCUGGCGAACCCCGCCGAGGAGGAUGUCCCAUCCAUCCUCGCGGGCCGUUACAAAACACGGCUCUGUCGCAACUACCUCGCCACGGGGGGCUGUGCGUACAGCACGCGGUGCAUGUUCGCCCAUGGUGAGCACGAGCAGCGAACAACCGCGGAGAACCUGCGCGACGGACUUGUAACAGCGACGGCCAUUAAGACCUUCCAACGGUCUCAGGCCCCAGGACGACGGACAGGGGGGGGAGGAGGGGUGCUGGUAAAGCCACCCCACCCCCGCUCGCGAGGCCUCCCGCCCCCGCCCUCCUUUGAGGAGGCCACACGCCAGGUGACGGAGGAAAUUCCGCCGAUGGUGGUGUGGGGGGAGACCCCUGAGGGGACGCGGUGCUACCGACACAACCCCUACCUUCCGGCGCUUCUCCACACCGAGGAUCGCCUCUGGAGCGAGCCGAUUCCGAUGGAAGGGGAAGAAGAAAGGGUUUACCUCGAGCUUAAUCAGCAAAUACCUUGUGAGGGAGGGAUAGCAUACGAUGUUCCAUACGGUAGAAACGGGUACUUCCCGGCAGAGAUCUACGGUGAUGUGGAGCCUUUUGAAGGGGUAAACAGAUCACAGACUAAGUAUUCGACCGCAUCGGAAAUCUCGGAAAGGUGUAGCAACUGGAAGUUAUGCACCUCGCUACCGAUGAAGCCGGGCUGUAGCUCUGUAAAUAUGUACGAAGAGGACGAACUACGCAGCAAUACUGGAAUCAUCUUGGAGCCAUAA